AUUAUUCCUUCUUCCUCUACCGUCAAAAAGAAGGGAAAGCCGGAAAAACAAAAACAAAAAACCUAGCACCCGAUUCUCAUAUCAGUAAUAACAAAGUCUUGAGAGUUUCGCUCUCAAAUCGCCUCUCAGAUAAUGGAGGUUCAAAACGCUGAGAAUGAGACAACCGUUGAGGCCUCAGUUGCGAAAGACCUUGAGGCCUCUGUGGUUGAAUCUGAAGCUGAGACUGAUGUUGAGAAAGUUGUAGAUACUUCCAUGGAUGAGAAACCAGAGGAGGUAGUCUUGAAAGUGCCUUCUUCUGUUGAGGAGAAGAAAACAGAGGAUGGUGAGGGAGAAAUUCCUCCUUCCGGAGUUGUUGAUAAUCCGAAGGGUUUAACGGGGAAGAAGAAAGUUGUUAAGAAGAUAGUGAAAAAGAAAGUUUUGAAAGGAUCCACUUCUGCUGCUGCUGCAGUGGUGGUGGCUUGUGAGGAGAAUGCCACUGCAGAUCCUUCUCUUGGUGAGGGAACAAAGAAGGUUGCAGAUUCCGAAACUUUUCUUGGAGAUGAAGAUGAUGAUAUGGAAUGUACUGAAGAACUUGCUGAUGAUGAAGAGACAGUAAGAGAGUUGAAGGGAGAUGCUAGCACUCUGAAGAGCGUUGGGAAGAGAUUACUAAAGGGGAAGAAAGUUCAAGGAGCUCAGGUUAAAACAACAACAUUGGAGGAGCCUGAUAAAGGAACUCCUCAGAAUGGGCAAGAGAAUAAUAACAAUUCGUUAGCUGUAAACGAGGAAACCAAUGGCGAAGGAGUCCAACAAAAGAAUGAGGAACAAACUGGCGUGGGUGGGGGAAGGAGACGCAAGAGGAGGAGAGGUGGAAAACAGGUUCAAGACUCGAACAAGAAACAGAUGAAAGAGGUGGUCGUGGCUGCUGCUGCUACUGAUGCAGCAGGGAAAAGUGUAGAAGAAGGGGAGAAAAAGCAGCCUGGUGACGUUGAGAAAAAGGAAGUGGAGGGAGCUGGGAAUGUAAAGCAUGCUGGUUUGAUCUUCAUGUGCAAUGCCAAAACUAGGCCUGAUUGUUUUCGGUUCAGUGUGAUGGGUGUACAAGAGAAGAGGAAGGAUUAUGUUAUGGGUAUCAAGCCCGGGGUUAAGCUUUUUCUCUAUGACUAUGAUCUCAAACUCCUCUAUGGAGUUUUUCAAGCUUCCUCUGCGGGUGGGAUGAAACUUGAGCGCAAUGCUUUUGGUGGAUCCUUUCCCGCUCAGGUGCGCUUCAAGGUGGUUAGUGAUUGUAUACCGUUGCCUGAGAGCGAAUUCAAGAAAGCAAUCAAGGAGAACUACAACAACAGAAACAAGUUCAAAACAGAACUUACUCGUAAACAGGUAUUCAAGCUUACAAAGCUUUUCCGGCCAGCUGCUCUCCCUGCGCAAUUAACAUACACUCUGCCAGCCCCUGCUCCUCGUCCUACUGAAAGGAAAAGAUCUGACAACAAUGACCGCUACGCUCCUGGCAGCAGCAGAACUCAUGGAAGGAGUCGCAAUGCUGCACCUCCUCCACGCAGGGAAGAACCACUCCGCAGAGAAGAACCACCGCGUGAUCUAUUUCUCAGCGAAAGCGAGUACCGAACAUACGGCUUGAGAAGACCGGAACCACCUCAGCACUAUCCAGUUCCGCCACCUGAGUCUUCCUACCGUCUUGACUCGUACCGUCCAUCUGUGGACCAUGAGCUGCUUUUGAGACAAGCAGAUAUUGAGAGGCUUGAACGUAGGGAAGUUCGUUUGCCUGAGAGAACCUACCACCCUUAUGAUCACCCCCUAAGCUCUAGGCGCCUGGCACCAGAGCCACCAGUGGUCGACUCUUACAGGAGAGACCCGUAUCUCAGACACGAGUACCGUAGUCCCGAAAGAUUACUACAUAGGACAUACCUGCCUUCUUCAGGAAGAGAACACGAUGACUUGUAUUCCCGAUAUGUUACACCGGACUCAUUGGCUGAGUACUACCGAUCAUCAUCAUCUCGGAGAUACCCCCCAAGCAUUGCUGAAUCUGAGUUUCCGCCUUCAUCAAUAACAUCCCGGUAUGCUUACUCAGGGUCUUUACCCUAUUCUCACCGCUGAAUUUUACUUUAGCUCUCUUUUAAAUGUAUUUUGCUGUUUAAUGUAAUGUUUGGAUUUGGACAUGCUUUGGUUGGUUCACCCAACCUUGAACUGUAAUUUGGUUUUAUUUAUUCCUUUAAAUAAAUGUUUUAAUACCCUCUUUAUGAGACUGCCCAUUUUUUUCGUAUUUGUUUACCAAAACUUGUCUAUCGAGGUGAACAUCCAUUUUACCAAAUUGGUACUUUUCUUUGAAUGUUAU